AUGGGUCAAGCUAAAAGCAAAGAGAACCGAGUCUUAUCACGUAAAACGCAUUUCUCCCCGAAAGAGAUUCGGCAUCUCCGGCAUAAUUUGGAAACCUCGACAUCACGACGAUCGGACCACAGCAGCAUUACUGAAGAUGUCUUUCGAGAGACUGUCAGAAAAUGCGUCCCAUCCGUAUCACCCAAUGAUGACAUGUUUUUGAAUCGUCUCUAUGCUGCCUUUGAUAAAGAUAACGACAAAAUGAUUGAUUUCCGUGAAUUUGUCAAUGGGCUUAGCGUAUUCAUGAAAGGGACACCAGAUGAAAAGCUUGUAUUAUCGUUCAAGUUGUACGAUGUGGAUCAUGAUGGCUAUCUUACUAAACCGGAGCUGGAGCGAGUGAUGCUGCAAUUGUCACGCACAUUCUCUGAUGAUGAAGAUCAAACAAGUGAGAUUAAGGAUAUGAUUGCACGGAUGUUUGAUGACCUGGAUGUGGACAAUGAUGGCAAAUUGUCAUUUGAGGAGUACAAGCUGUCGGCUAUGAAAGAACCCUUAAUUGUCGACUUUUUGGAACAAUUCUUGGCAGAACAUCACCUUUCAACUUAUCCACGUAUUCCUUCUUCGCGCUCUGGUUCAAUACGCUCAUUCAGAUCAAGUCGUUCCAAUACGCCUAAACCACCAGGUUCGCCAUCUUCAUUGACUGCUGCUGCUGCUGUAGCUGGAAGCCGCAGGUUAUCGAUACGACUGUCACAAGCCGAGCUUCUUGAUUACAGCAAUUAUCAUCAUCAGCAUCGUUUUAGUAGCGUACCUACAACACCAACAUCUUCAAGUCAUAGUAUCAAAUCACAAGCGAUGGGAUUGCCACCUAGCCCUGUUCGCAGUACAAGCCCUGUGGACAAUCAUGAUGAUUUUGACAAGUCCCGACGUUACCAACCCGUUUCACCUGUCAGCAUUGCAGCUGCAACGACCCCAUCCAACCCGCAAUCUUGA